UCAGCACUGCGCAGCCAUUAAAAAUACUAACACAUUUAUCGACAACACUUCCUCCAGUUCCCUCAACAAACGUGUCGCUCAUGCCUAACUUUAGGGCGGAAGUGACGUCUUAGUUACCGGGGGCGUGGCUUUCACGGUAUACCAAUGAUAUGUUGUGCUAAAGCUGGAGACAGGAGUGGGGCGUACAGUAGAGGAGCAGUGUGUACAGCGCUGAGUAUUGCUGUGCGGCAUCUGAGGAGAGCCCGGGCGGCUGAACGAAAAGAUUGUAAGCUUGUACGGCACCAUGGAUCGGUAUGGAAAUCUUUCUGAUGAGGGUGAGGUGGACCACUCCUUUUUUGAUAGUGGUGAUGAGGAAACAAAACAACCAGGUGUCAGUACAUCAGGUCCCAGCACCUAUGGACACAAGCAAAAUAAAGAGGAUUCUGAUUCAGGAGACAGUGAAAGAGCAGAUGAACCACAGCAAGGGCCGAGCAGCAACAAGACUCAAGAGCUCUCAAAGGAGACCAAACCAAAGAUCCCAGAGCCUGUGAUGUCUGUGGAUGCCCCAAGACCCAGCAGUGCUGUGAAGUCUGGUAGGAGUUCUGCAGCGAGCUUGAGAAUAGAAGCUACUAUUCCUACAGGAAUCCCCCAGAUAAGACGAGAUUUUGAAGAUAACUACUACCCAGAUGAAGAUGACAGUAGUGAGGAGGAGAAUCGGAGCUCCAGACCAAGACCUGCAAAACAAACCAACAUUGGGAAGAAGAGCUCAGGAAAAUACAGCAGAGACUUUCCUUCUUCCAUCUCCAGCUCUGACACAGAUUUCUCAGACGCCACAUCGGAUGACCACACCUCAAAAUCUUAUCAGUCAUCAAAAGAUAGAGCUCCCUCCAAUGUGCGUUCUCCUGAGCGCAGGUUAUGUAGACCAUCCGUGAGGGACCUCAGGGACUAUGUGGACGAGUCAGAGGACACAGUCACGGAUGUCACCCCACUUUCCACCCCUGAUAUCAGCCCUAUACAGUCAUUUGACAUAGCAGCCACUAGCGAAGCACUUAAAGCUAAAGUAAAGCGUCAGGAGAACAUCAGACAGGAAUCCUAUGAACCCGAGAUUGAUGGUAAGCCCAACCCAAAGGCUUUACAGGACGCCAUGGACCUGAACCAACUUCUCAAAGCAUUUAUGCAUCUUGACAAAAAGGACCAGGAAAGGUUUUCUCUGGAUCAUCCGUCAGUUGGACUGAAGAAAAACUACUCUUUUACAAGUGAAGAAGUGCGACAGAUUGACCGUGAGAACCAGAGGCUGCUCAAAGAGCUAUCCAGACAUGCCACAAAGACUAAAGGCAAGAGCCUAACUCCUAAGAAACUGAACACAACACCUACCCGACUGUACCACAGCACACUGAAUCGACAAAAGGAACAGCAGCGCAUUGAAAGGGAAAACAUGGCCCUGCUGAAGAGAUUAGAGUCGGUAAAGCCCACAGUUGGUAUGACACGUUCUGAGCAGAUGAUGGACUACCAACGUCAAGCAGGAUACCUGAGCUCGACAGCAACCUCUCCAAGACCUGGAAAAGCUUCUGUCAGCCGCCUCAGCCAUGCUUCAUCUGGUGGUGUCUCUCGGGUGUCUAGCGCCAGCAGUAGAAGCAGUCGCAUGGGAAGCAGUGCUGCUCUACUUAGACCCACGAAGCCGAGCAAUGUCCGAGCAGCUUGGAUGUGACGACUUUACCAGGAAUUUUGUUUAAUAUGUUACAUCAAUUAAAUUAUUUUGUAUUGCAAGUUUCCUGCUGCUAUGGUGACAUUCCUUGUCUUUGAGUGACCAAUAUGAUGUGAUGUAAGGUAGGGAUGUCCCGAUACCAUUUUUUUAAGACCAAGUACAAGUACAGAUACUUUAAUUCUAGUACUCGCCGACACCAAUUAUGAGUACUUUUUUAUUUUAAAGGAAAUAUGACACCAGGGUGCCCCUAUUUUCUGGCGCUGCUUACCGUACUGAUAUGUGGGCUCCUUGUUGUGUGCAAUGGAGGCAGCUGCUGUAGUAUGAGCCAAGAUUUCUCUCUUCUCCAUUGCGCAAUACAAGGAAUUUGACCCCUGUAGAUAUUAGUAGCAGCCCCCCCUGUAGACCUCAGGCCCCCCCUGUAGACAGCAGGGUGCUGCUGCUCUGAAGCCCCGUUCUCCCGUCCGCAUCAUGGCGUCCUAUGGAGGAGCAUGUGACAUAUAUGUCACUCUGCUUCCCCCGUAGCAUUACGCUGGGCGCAGUGGAGGAGGUGGAGUGACGUGUGUGUGUGUCACAUGCUUCUCCAUGGAACGCCAUGGGAGGACGGGGCAGUGGAGCGGCAGCAGGUAUACAAUUUGGUAUCGGGGCAUUCAAAUGCAAAUGGCUAGUGUCGGUACCGAUACUAGUAUCUGUAUCGGGACAUCCCUAAUGUAAGUUUUAUUUAUAUUGUUUUUAUACAUAUAUUUUGAUAAAAUGAGUAUAUUAUUCAAGAAUGCACUUAGGAGAGGGCAGGUGGUGUGGUGUUUGCCUGUUGUAUUGAAGAUUACAUUGCUCUAUUGGCCAUACAUCUGCUACAUUCAAGCUGUUUUAUAUUAUUCUUGAUAUUGUAAAGUUCCCUGAUUUUAACUAUUUUAUAUUGUAUUAUGACCUAUUUGUACAUGCUUCUUCAUUGCUUCUUUUAAAACAUGACUUGUUUGCCUAGAAAAUCUUAAAUAUUUUGACAUGCAGUAUGUAAGGUUGAAUGUAUCACUUCUGAAAUAUGAUUGUGCCACAUUUCAUAGUGUUAUUAUCCAAAGAGAACAGAUCAUCCAUUUCAGCUGUUCUUCCUGUAAGCUGUCACGUCACAGAGAGCAGAGACCCCUUACCCUUCUGUCAGCACCGGUCAAGACCGGCAAUGUGAAAAGGGGCAUAAGUAUUACUGCUUAUUACAUUUAUGACUCUUCAGAUAAGGCAUCAGGAAGUUGUUCUCAGUCACAGUAAUCGUAAAUCUAAUGUGCAGGAAUACCAGCUCCCCUCCUUACUUCAUUGGUUUUGUCCCAUGCUGAGGGGGGGUUGGGAGGGAGUAACAGUUUUUGCUUUCUGUGACCUGGUGUCACAGCUUACAGGAAGAAACCCACAGCUAAAAUGGAGGAUUUGUUCACUUUGUAACACUAUAAAUGUAAAACCCUUUUAAGUCCUGUGUAGAGGGGGAGAUGCUAAACUCUUGGACAUCAUUUUAUACAUCUGAUUUAAUUUUAUAAUUUCAUAUAAAAAUCGAACUUAUUUCUGCCUGUACACGGAGAGCCUUUGAGUCCUACUCCCCCGCUCACACCCAGUGAUUGGCAACAUGAGCAGGAGGAGCACAACUGGCAGCAUUCAAAGGGAAUAAUUUGACAGAAAAUGACAUACUAUUUCAGGUUUUUAUUAUAUACUGUAUAUAUUUACAAAAAAUAAAUGGUGUUGAUAUCUGGAGUUUCCACGCUGGCCACUAAAGAAGUCACCAUAAACUGUUAUUUCACUGUUGAUGUAUAUACAGGAGGAGGAGGAGCAUCAUCUUAUUGUUAUUAGAGGGUGAAUGAGUUACUGACAGUUGUAUUGUACUGCUGGAAGCCUAAAUAAGGUAAAAUACACUAUACACACAAAUUUCUCUGGCAGUAAACUCCUAUUUAUUACAGCUGGUAUAAAGCACACACCUUGCUGUGCUAUCUAUACAGAAAGGAAAUGUGUGUCUCUAAGAAGGGAAGUGUUUAUAAAGGUUGUCUGAUGCCACACAAUUGUGAUGUUUGGCCUUUGGAUUAACAUAUAAAAUAAUUAUUACUCACCAGUCCUCAUCUGCCCACAACUAUCCCAAUGGUCCCCAGUCCGAAUAAAGCAGCACUUCCUGCUUUCUCUCAGCCAAUCACUGGCCAAGGGUCAAGUCCAGGGGAAAAAAGUGAGGGAACUCACCGAAGAUUUCCACCCAAGGGUUGGUCCUGCAGGACUCCUGCUAAUGGGAACAGUGUUCCUGCUGUGGAAAAAGUGCAGGAACUCAGUUCCUAUGCUUUCCUGCAGGACUUGGGCCCUGGCCAUGGCUGAUAUUUGCUAUGAUCAGUGAUCGACAGGGACUUCCUGUACUUCGAAAUGAAAGCAGGAAUUGCAGUUCAGCCUGUACCUAGGACCAUCAGGACUGCAUUGGUAGCUUUGGACAGGUGAAUAUCCUUUUUAUUUUUUAUUUGUCUGCCAUUAUCUUUUGGCUUUGGACAACACCUUUUAGGGUGUGUUCACACGUGCAUAUUUUCUGUUGCAGAAAUGCUUCAGUAGAUUUUGCUGCCCAUUAAAGUCAAUGGGGGAGAUUUAUCAAAACCCUGUCCAGAGGAAAAGUUGCUAAGUUGCCCAUAGCAACCAAUCAGAUCGCUUCUUUCAUUUUUAAAGAGGCCUGUGAAAAAGGAAAGAAGCAAUCUGAUUGGUUGCUAUAGGAAGAAAAAUGGCAGUAGACCUGCAGCAAAAAUAUGCACGUGUGAAUGUAGCCUUGAAGGGGUAUUCCAGGCCAAAACUUUUUUUUUAUAUAUCAACUGGCUCCGGAAAGUUAAACAGAUUUGUAAAUUAUUUAUAUUAAAAAAUCUUAAUCCUUCCAAUAGUUUUUAGCUUCUGAAGUUGAGUUGCUGUUUUCUAUCUAACUGCUUUCUGGUGACUCACGUCCCAGGAGCUGUGCAGUUCCUAUGGGGAUAUUUUCCCAUCAUGCACAGCUCCCGGGACGUGACAUCAUCAUUGAGAAGUUAGACAGAAAACUUCAGAAGCUAAUAACUAUUGGAAGGAUUAAGAUUUUUUAACAGAAGUAAUUUACA